GGAACGUUUUCAUUGCAGGACCUUGCAUAGACUGAUAUAUACACAAGUCAAAAUGUAGAGAUCUACAUCAGUCGGUGACUUACAACACUUUCUUUGGAGGGUACAAGGAUUAAGAUUUAAGCAUGGAGGGGACUUCCAGAAGCGACGCCGCGGCUCAGCCGUCUGUUGCCGCUCAAGUUCCUUUCCUGCACUUGUGCAACACCUUGGAGAAAAUUCAGAAGUCCAAAGCGCGUCCGGAUAAAUCGAAAAUCCUUCGGGAUUUCAUCGAGUCGUGGCGGAAAUUUCAUUCGGCUCUCCACAAAGACGACCCCAAAACCACAGACUCGUUCUAUCCCGCCAUGCGCCUCAUAGUCCCUCCUUUUGAACGAGAGCGAAUGGCGUACGGCAUCAAGGAGAGCAUGCUAGCUAAGCUCUACAUAGACGUGUUGGGCCUCCCAAAGAAUGGCCCGGAGGCCAACAAGCUGCUGAACUAUCGUGCCCCGACCACGUCCCAAGGGGAAGCUGGGGACUUUGCCGGCAUGGCGUACUUCGUGCUGAAGAAACGCUGCACCAGCCAGGGGAACCUCAGCAUCAAAGACGUCAACGACUUUCUGGACUCGGUGGCCAUCAACAACGCCAGCAAGAAGAAGGACCUCGUGAAAAAGAGCCUGCUGCACCUCAUCACCCAGAGCUCGGCUCUCGAGCAAAAGUGGCUCAUCAGGAUGAUCCUGAAGGACAUGAAGCUUGGGAUCAGCAAGGAGACGGUCCUCCAAGUCUUCCACCCGGAUGCUGCCGAGCUCUACAACGUCAACACGGACUUGAAUAAGGUUUGCCAGCAGCUCCACAACCCCUCUGUGUCCUUAAGCGAAAUCUCCAUCGGACUUUUCUCCGCUUUCAAGCCCAUGCUGGCAGCCGUGGCUAACAUCCGCGCCGUGGAGAAACAAAUGGGAAACAGCCCGUUUUACAUCGAGACCAAGCUGGACGGGGAGCGCAUCCAACUGCACAAGGACGGCGACGUGUACAAGUACUUCAGCCGGAACGCCUUCGAGUACACGCAGCAGUUCGGGGGGUCGCCGCUGGAGGGGUCGCUGACGCCUCACAUCCACAACUUCUUCAAAAGCCACGUCGUGAGCUGCAUCCUCGACGGCGAGAUGAUGGCGUACAACCCGACGGCGGAGACCUUCAUGCAGAAGGGGAGCAAAUUCGACAUCAAGAAGCUGAUGGACGACUCCGAGCUGCAGACGUGCUUCUGCGUGUUCGACGUGUUGUUGAUCAACGGGCAGAAGCUCGCCAAGGAGACGCUGAAGAAGCGCUACGAGAUGCUCCAGACGGUUUUCACCCCAGUCAAGGGGAGGAUAGAUGUGGUGCCGAAGGCCGACGGCAGGACCAUGCAGGAGGUGGUCAACGCUCUCAAUGACGCCAUUGACAAGAGAGAGGAGGGGAUCAUGGUGAAGGAUCCUUUAUCUAUCUACAAACCUGACAAGCGGGGGGAAGGAUGGUUAAAGAUUAAGCCAGAAUAUAUGGAUGGAUUAAUGGACGAGCUUGACUUGCUGAUUGUUGGAGGUUACUGGGGGAAGGGAAGACGCGGGGGUAUGAUGUCCCAUUUCUUAUGCGCCGUAGCCGAAGCUCCGAAGCUUGGUGAGAAACCCACGGUUUUCCACAGCUUCUGCCGCAUCGGCUCUGGCUACACCAUGAAAGAAUUGUAUGAUCUCGGGUUGAAGCUCGCCAAGCACUGGAAGGUCUACCGGAAAAACAACCCGCCGGCGUCAAUCCUGUGCGGGACGGAGAAGCCGGAGGUCUACAUUGAACCCUGCAACUCUGUCAUCAUCCAGGUGAAGGCGGCCGAGAUAGUCGGAAGUGACAUGUACAAAACCAACUGCACCCUGCGCUUCCCCAGGAUCGAGAAGAUCCGUGACGACAAGGAGUGGCACCAGUGCAUGACCCUGGCGGAGCUGGACCAGUUCCGCAGCAAGGCGUCCGGGAAGCUCGCCUCGCGCCACCUCCACAUCGGCAGCGACGACCCGCAAAAGAAGAAGCGCAAGGUGGCGCCCAAGCCCAAAAAGGUGGUCGGGGUCAUCGACCACUUCAAGCCCCAGGACCUCUCCGGGGUCGCCAAGGAGACGGACAUGUUCGAGGACGUGGAGUUCUGCAUCCUGAAUGGCACCGAGGAUCACCCCAAGUCCGAGCUGGAAAAGGGCGUGGCCAGGUGCGGAGGAAUUGUGGUUCAAAACCCGGGGCGGGACACCUACUGCGUGAUCGCCGGCGUCGAGAACAUGCGCGUGAAGAACCUGAUAUCAUCCAACCAGCACGACGUGGUCUGGGCCGCCUGGCUGCUCGAGUGCCUGCGCCAAAAGGAAGUGGUCCCGUGGCAACCGCGCCACAUGAUCCACAUGUCGCCCUCCACCCGGGAGCACUUCGCCAAGGAGUACGACAGCUACGGCGACAGCUACUUCGUGGACACGGACGAGCAGCAGCUGCGGGAGGUGUUCGGCCGGAUUGACGGCGCGGCAGCGCCCGCCGCCGUCAACGUCGCGCAAGUGGAGGAGCGCUGCGGCUGGGAUGACCUCCCCACCAGCAUGUUCAGACCCUUCACUGUCUACGCGGACAGCUUCGCCGACAUCGGCGACCCCGCCAGCGCCAUUACUGCCACCUGCGUGGACAUCAGGGCGCUGGAGUGUCGUUACCACGGAGGCACGGUGGUGCAGAAGCUGGAGGAAGGAGUUUCACAUGUUAUUAUCUCAGAGGAAACGAGACUUGGGGAUCUGAGGACCCUGAGACGCCGCUUUAGGAAGAAGUUUAAGAUCGUGAGAGAGUCAUGGGUGACUGAUUCGAUCAAAGCAGGGUAUGUGAUGAACGACACCGACUACCUGGUGUGAAGGGGCAUCAGAUCAAGAUAUUAGUCGACACUGGACAAAAAAAACUCUUUUAGCAUUUUAAUUAAUUCUUAAUGUGAAAAUAUCAUCUUCUCAGCUUUAUAUCAUGUGUUCUUAAUGAGUGGUUAGCGCUUGUUAUUAGUUUUAAAUGAACUCACUGAUUUAAAACUCACCACUACACGAUUGUUUUGUCCGAUUUUGAAAGUCAGGCUUGCAUAAGUAUCCUUCCACUUUUAGCCCAGCGUCUAUUUCCUGGAGUAGACGGUAGAUUUUUCCAUUUUACCAAAAUGGAGCCCUUUAUUUUUGACAACACUUUGCGUAACUUCGGUGAAUAUCCCGUGUGCUGCAACAAAGUGCCACUCGAGUUAUUUGGCAUUGCUCUCCAGAUAGAUGGAAACUCUGCCUCCUUUUAUUUGCCUCAAUGCAACUGAAUAACUGUUGUUGUUGUUAUUAUUAGCCUCUCUGGGUUUUUCCAACUUUUCUAGUUUGCAAACCAAGUCUGAAUUUAUUGUCUGUUCGCAUAAGCUGAGCUAGUUUAUUAGCACAAUUUCCUGAUGAUACAAACAAACUUGGCGUGCAAACUUGUUGAUGAUUAGAGCAAUCCCUCCAAAGCCACAUGAGACAUUAUAUCAUUUUUAUAAAUAUUCUUAGCAGUGAAAUUAACUGUGUAACUAAUUGUGCCUUUGUGCUUUCCCCUCGUUUUAAUUUUGCCAUUAAGUAAAAGUCUAAUAAGUAAAAUUCUAAUAAACAUCUUAGGAGUGGUUUAAUAA